AUGCCUAGAGACGACCUGUCCAUCGACUUCGUCAAGAGGAUGCCGGCAGCCGAGGCUCUUGACCCGGCCAUCAUCCUCGACGACUGGAUCAACCGCGUCCAGAACCUCCCCGAGGAGAUCCGGUUCUUGCAAGAUGAGAUCGCCGACAAGGACCGUCAGUACGGCGACUGCGUCAAGCUGAUCGAGGACCGCGAUGGGAAGAUACAGAAAUGGAUCAAGGCGAACGGGAGCCACGAGACGAAUCCUCGCGAGGACGGCAUGAGGACACAGAUGCGCGAGAACUACAUGCGCGCCGACCAGCUGGCCACCGAGAAGAUCGCCCUGACCCAGAAGUUGCAGCUCAUCAUGGACAAGCAUCUGCGGAACCUGGACCAGCACAUCAAGAUGCUCUACGAUCGAAGCGAGCCUGGGUUCACCGAUCCAGACGAGUGUCCGUCGCUGCUACGCCCAAGCGCGGCAAACCAUUCAGCUCCGUCCGCCAGGGCCGUCAACCCGGCGAGCCACUUGGCCGGGGCCAUUACCGCGACCCCGUUGAACCCGAUCGUCAACUCGUCGAGCCCCGCUACCGUGCGCGUCGGCAACCCGCAGGUUCGCAACACAAUAUCGCAGCAACACGCCUCCUCGGCGCCCGCGACACCGGCUGCCGCCAGCAUGAUAAUGAAUCGCCAGGCAAGAGAAAGCUCGGCAGGACCAGGAAGCGGCGCGCCUAAGAGGGGCCCGCGGUCCAACUCCGGACUGGGCAGCUUGCCGGCGACCUCGAGCGGGCUGGCGAGGCAUUCCUCCCUCGGCCCGGGCACUCCGAAAGGAGCCACGAACCCGGGCCCUGGCGGUGCUGUGCGGGCUGGUAGCGCCGGGCCGCGGUCGUCAUCAACCAAGGCUGCCAGCGUGUCUGGCAUCAGGAAAGGAACACCUGGCGCCGCAAACCGCAAAAAGGGCAGCAUUGCCAAUGGCAACAAGUCGUCGUUGUCCCGCGUCAAGAAGGCAGGGAGCCGCAACUCUCCGGCGUCGACAGCAGACAGCGAGUUGUCGGAUGCCGAGAGUGGUAGUGGCGAUGACGGCGACCGUAGCAGGGCAGACCGGGCAAGCGGUACACCAGCGCGUGACGGCAAAGACGGGGACGGGGACGACAGCAUGCUCGACGCCGAAGAUGACGAGGCCGGCGACGACAAAAAGUACUGCACGUGUCAAAAUGUCAGCUUUGGCGACAUGGUGGCGUGCGACAAUGAGGAUUGCCCUUAUGAGUGGUUCCACUGGUCAUGCGUCGGCCUUAAGAGCGAGCCUAAUGGGACAUGGUUCUGCCCCGUGUGCUCGGAGAAUAUGGAGAAGGAAAAGCUGCAGAAGAAGAAAUGA